UCUUAUCUUCUAUGAAAUAUAAAUUAUUAUACUUUUUUCAGGAAAUUGAAACAGUUCAAUCAGACAGUGAAAGAACCGAAACACCAGUUUCAGAGGGUAUAAUUCCAAGCAUCAUCACCAAAACAAGUGAUGUUGCCGGUGAUAUCGCCAAUACUGCUGGUCAAUUGGCCAAAGACGAUAUAGAAUUAAAAGCAGCCCUUCUUACUGGUAUUUUAGGAGGAGCAGGGCAUGCUGCUGGAUCAGCCCUCCAUGAGACUGGACAAGUUGCUGCACAUGCAGUAUCGAACAUCGAAGAUGGUUUUAAGAAUAUUUUCGGUAACUUCGGAAAAUAAAAGGUUACUCUGAUUAAUCGAAACUAUAUUCUUGUUAUGGAGCGCAUUUCGUUUAUAUUGUAUCGAUAUUAAA